AUGCGAGUCCACUCCAUCCUUCUCUGUGUGCUUUUACUCACUCUCGCCAUUUACGCACACGCCUUGACCGUCGCUGAGCUUCGUCAACUCAUUCAAGCUCGUCGUUCAGGUGCUUCCGAAGCUGCUGGUUCUCAAACCACAACAACCACUCCAAAAGUGGACUUGUUUGAUAGUUUAUCUGAUUCCUUGUUAAAUGUCAAUGAAGAUGACCAUGAAGAGGAGGAUCAUUUGGAAUCUUUUGAACCAACAUCAGAUGCCAUGUGGCCUGAAAGUAGAUGUACCAACGUUCAAGGAGCUCUCAAUGUUCGUUCCGGACCCUCUCCAAGUGCCAGUAUUGUGAAAACGAUUGGACCUGAAACCAAAGUCACUGUUUAUGAAGUUGCCAAUGCUGCCGAUGGUUCUAAAUGGGCACGCAUUGCUACGGGUCAAUGGGUUUCUGCCAAGUUUUUGAAAAUGGCAUGUGCCAACUCGAAUCCUUCAACUCCUCCUCCUCCUUCCAACAAUGAUAGCAAUAGUAAGAAGGCAGAGGAAUCUCUUGUUCAAAUUUUCCGUUCUGAAGGUAAAUGUCAAAACUGGGCCAGCGAUUCUGGAAAUUCAUUCCAAGGUAAAAUUGGAUACACAUGCAUGGGAGUCAUUCCUUCUCAAUGUUGGAAUAAUCGAAAUGGAAUUUUUGCUCCAUUAUUGGGAGGUUUCAAUGGUCAUCCUGCUGAUUUUUGCAAAUAUGCCUAUGAUAAGAAUACUGUCGUGUUUAAGCAAUGUGCAGCUCAAUUGUAUAUUCAAAAUUAUUUUGGACCUGGAGGUUGUAAUCCUCUUCCAAUGCCUGCGUUCUAUGUGUGUGCAGAUAUUGCAGUGAAUUCUGGAACUGGAAGAUCGAGACAAUAUAUUGCUGAAUUGGGUGGAUAUCAUGGACAAGAUGCUAAACAAUUUGCUCGUGCUUUGAACGAGAAACAUAGAGCAGAUUAUAAGAGAUGGGGAUGUCCAACUUGUAAGAAUAGAGUCUUCUUGAAGGGAUGGUUGGCAAGAGCUGAUGAAAGAGAUCGAUUCAUUGAUAGGUAUUAA